AUCAUAUGUAUGCAGUGAUAAAUAGAACGAAAAGACCAGCAGAAAAGGAAGCAAAUAGCAUUAUAGAGCAUGGUAAAUACUUUUUUCCCUCAAGAAUUCUCAUAUAUUAUUAUUCAUGACACAAUUUUUCUAAUCAAAGGUCAUGUCUUUUGGUUGAUGUAUGUAUUUACAGUAAGACUAGGAUCCAAUAUCACUGCAAUAUUGAAGGGGAAAUUGAGCUUAGGAGCCAAAAUUAUCCAAAAUGGUGGAAUGGGUAAGAUCUUCAAGAAAAAGUUUAAUGUUGGAAAUGGAGAGAAGAUCUUAAAGGCUUCUCAAUGCUAUAUCUCCACAACUGUCGGUCCAAUAGCUGGUUUGCUCUUCAUCACAACUCACAGGAUUGCCUUUUAUAGUGAAAGAUCCAUUAAACUCCAGUCCUCAAGUGGAAUGUCAGCCAGAGCCCAUUAUAAGGUAUCGAUACCUUUGGGAAAGAUAAGGGGCACGAUCUUGAGCCAAAACGAGAAGAGGCCUUCACAGAAGUACAUUGAACUUGCUACUGUGGAUAACUUUGAUUUCUGGUUUAUGGGAUUUCUCAAUUAUCAGAAGACCUACACUAGCAUUCUAAAAGCUGUUUCUCUACCUCAAUUCUUUCAACUCACCCAGCAGUGAUGAUCAAGAAUAUCAUUUUUUGUUGUAGAGUUUUUCUUUAUAAACAAGAUUAUAUUGUACAGUAUCAAGAGAGUUUAUAUGUGCAUCUUUGUAAAAAGGCUCAUCAUUAAUUAAUGAUAAGCAUUCUAAUGAAAAGUUUAGACAAAUUAAAUUUUCAGGAAUUUUAAGUUACCGCAUCAUAAAUGCAACUGCAUUUCUUUUGGUA